UCGAUUGACCGAAAUUUAUUUUUCUUCAAACUAAAACUACUCAUUUUUAGACGAUGAUGACAGCUGUGAAUGAGGUCAACAACGAGAAAACAAAGGUACGGGAUAAAUUUAUUUUUCGUAGUGUUUCGCUUGUUUAUUUUACUGCCGAACUUGAUGUGUAAAUUGAUUCACAAUCGGUGUAAGCUUACAUGUAAGCUUGUUAUUAAAACUACAGCUGUAUGCGUGUAUGCAAACGAACAGUCUGUUUUAGUCGUUAUUCUGUGUUUCACCUCUGAAAAUUAUACUUAAACAAUUAUUCGCCUCGGACGCGGUGAAUAUUCACCAAUGUUCACCUCGCCUUCGGCGGAUAAUUGUUAGCGCGCGCACUUGAUGUAUGGCGUAGCGUGACGUUGCGACAUGAAUUUCGUGCGCAAUAAGGAUGCGCAAAAACAAAUUGUGAGCCGUCAUUCUCUCCAGCGAUAUAAUAAAUUUCAGUCUUCUGAGUCAAAGCUCAUUUCAGAAUCAGACGAACUAGAAGACAUUGUUAGUAAAAACAGAAAUCGGUCGACUGCGGAGUCCCAGCGAAAGAAAUUGUGCUGUAAAAAGGCUUCUACACUCGGACAAAGUAAAAGACCUGAGUGAGACAGCCCAAGCAUUCGUUCUGGAUUUAACGUCACAGCUUUAACUCUCCCCAGACCAAAAUCGUAAAAUUUUUGCGGCAAAUUACUCCACAAAAUAAGCUGUAUUAUUUUAGCGAAAAAAAAUUUUGGGGGUUAGGUGCACUUUAACCCCAGCCAAACGAUCGCAACAUUUCAACGCAACAUAUCGCAACAUUGUUGACCAUGGCCCCGGGACCUGUAUGAUACCUGUGAAAGCCUGACAUGAACCGUUAACUGGUUGGCCAAGAGGCAAGUCUAGAGGGCCAAUAAACCUCUCAGACUCAAACCCCGACCGCAGAAACCGAAAUAACUGCAACUUUACCCUAGGAUGUAAUGGCUGACUAGCCAGAGGACCAUGAUGAUAUCUCGUUCUAAGUCCAGAUCUCCUGUUAUAAGUGGAGAUAGAAGCCGAAAUCUGAUCUCGUUUUGCCAGUCGAGAUCUCGCGUUAGAAUUUAUAGACAUCACUAUUCUAUCAAUUAAAUUGAUAGAAAAAAUUCCGGUCGAAAAGGGAAAAGAAAAUAAUAAUACAGCUGACAUAAUACAGUUCUAAAACAGACGUUUAUAAGACCUGUAGUGAUGCUAAUAGCGAUAAAGACUUGUCAUCAAACGCUAUUAUCUGUUAGGGAGGUUUUGUUAAGACUUAAUGCAGAUCAUAUAUCUGAACCAACAACACAGUAAGAUACCUUGAUAAAAAAAUAUUUGCGUCGCCCCUCUACCCCAGCACAGUCACAUCUAUCACAAGAACAGAUCUAUUUGAACUGCGGAGAAACAUAUGAGACAUGAUUGAUCAUAGCAGUUAUACACACACUGUGAAAUUUUAAAGCUGAAAACAUUCAGGCUUGAACUUAAUUCGAAGCCAUGACCUCUGCGAUACCGGUGUAGUGCUCAAGCAACUGAGCUAUCAAACCAACAGUCUAGCGUGCUUUGAUGUUUCUGUAAAACGUAUGCUUGGGAAGCUUUGACAGCUGUUCUCCUGAUACGAUCUGAUACUAACGAUAUAGUAAUUUCGUUGAUAUAGUAAUUUCGAUCCAAUUUUACUUACCUAAAGUCUUUUUUAACAACAUAUGUUGCUGCCUGGCAUUUAGCAUUGAGUUUGCCGUGUAAACGAUGUACUACUACCGGCAUUUUACUUACCCGUUGGAAGAGUUUUGUUUACUGUUAUGCGACUGACAUGCUUUGUCCUGUUUGCCGGUGAAAAAUAUUCCCAGCCGACGCAAGACAUUUUAUCACAAAUGCGAUUGGCCGGGUUUAUGUCAACAGGCCAAAGAAGGCGACAUCACAGAUGUCUCGUGUAGUGAGUGACUUUUCCGGAAGCUGUCAAAAAGACGUCGCACCUCGCUAUUGUUCUCAGGCACAAGCUGUGUUAUUUAAUACCAAUGCACUCAGUGCACAUGUGAUCUCGCUUCUGAUCGAGCGCGCAGCUAGUGAGUGUUCAGUUGUCAUUUCAUCACAGGUUUCGUCGGAUUUGCGUUGUCCCGUUAGCCUAGCUUUAGCAGACUUCUUCAAAUGCGAACUAUGAAGCUGCUUCUGCAAGACAAGAAGCUAUGGCAGAAAUUCAGAGAGCAUCAGACAGAAAUGAUGAUAACAAAUUCUGGAAGGCGUAUGUGCCCAUUAAUGUCAAUAGCGUUUGAAGACCUCAAGCCCAGGCGAUUCUACGCCGUGAUGGUAGACUUCGUCUUGAUGGACGCGUUUAGAUACAGCUAUGAUGUGACCUGUAAUCGCUGGGAGGCAAACGCCCGCCCUUUACCCGAGGAAAACUGGCCGAGACUUUACGUUCACCCGAGCACGCCAGCGACGGGGGCGUCUCUCAUGCAGAACGUGCUCACCUUUAAAAUGCUGAAGUUAACAAACUGCCCUGUGACGGCGGCAAACUCAACCCAGGCAAUUCUGUUGAGUACAAUGCGUCGUUACAUUCCUCGCAUUCAAGUGGUUGAAAGUGCUGAUGGAGUUUAUUUUGACUACAACUUGAGGAAGGAGUUUUAUUUCCCCGAGACGGAGUUCAUGGCCGUUUCACAAUACAGAAAUAAGCAGAUUGCCCAGUUAAAGAUUGACGCCAAUCCUUUUGCAAAAGCUUUCAGAAGUGAUGGACUGCAUGGCAAGGCUAAACGGCGUCGUAUGGAAACCAUGAGCGCUUGUGAAUAUUGGAAAAUUCCAGAAUAUGGUCCAUCAUCAGACUGUUCAAAUAUGGAGGACUCUCUUGUCAACAGUGACGAGCCAGACGUGGAAAAUAACUCCUCUUCGAAUGAACUCGCCGAUGAAUUCUCACCUGAAGAAAGCUUCAAUUGCGACGAACGACAAGUGAAUGGAACACGUAAAAAUUCAGCGAGUCAGACAGGAUUGUGCAAAGACGUUUUGGACGUACAUAACAAGAUUCAAAAUGGAACGAGCAAUGAGGAAAUCCUGUCAAUUGUGUCACAAGCUACGCAACAUCAGUCCACAAAUCCACCCGGCGAAAAUGACUCACAUUUAAUGUGUGAAGAGUCUGCAGAAUGGAUGUGGGGGUUUGACGAGCAAAUGUCAUUCAGAUACGCUUCCAAUGGCCAACUGGAAGGCCUCUUCAAGUAUGGAGACAGCCCUAAGGAUUCCUCGAAGAAUUCCAUUGAUGUGGGCGAGGUUACGAAAGCUACGGUCAACAGGAGGAAAAAAUAUCUCCCGAGGAGGCUGCAAAGAACGGUGGAUUCAACGUUAACAAACGUGAGUUCAGAAGAAAUACUGGAGUUAGAGCACGCGGAUAGACCUGCUGUUGACCAAGUAGAUUUGCCGCCGCUACAACCGAGUGACAAAACAUCCAUCUCUGCUAAUGACGGGAAAGCAGAACAGUCCUGCAGUACAGACGAGCAGACGACACGAUCGACUCCCUCGCCGUGUUUUGAACCUGUUGCAAAGCCAUCCAUUAGCUGUAAAACCCCACUUCAUCCACAAAAGACAAAUUCCCAUACCGACGCCAUGCAUGCGUCUGGCGAGUCACUGGCUACUCCUGCUAAUUCUAUGCUGUCGACGGUUACUCCUGGACCAGGGACCACAACCGGUUCUUCUCUAACAGCUCUGAUGCAGAUGUGUUCAGACGCUGAGUCAGGUUUGGACAGCCGAAGGUCAAUGCGACAACGGAGAACGGCGACAAACGACACCUCCAAGAAAUUGGAGAUGCCAGGCACACCUGGUAGGAAGGGUAUUUUUCCAGGAGAACUUUCAGAAGCCAGGAUGUCUACGUCAAAAGAAUACGCGGGACCAGUAACCCCCCAAGACUGUGAUUCUUCGUUUAAACGACAAGUGGAAUCUGCGGCAUCUUCCUAUGGUCAGCUUUCUCAGCAGUCAGAUCACAACUACUCACUUCCACUGACUUCUGAGGGCGAAGAACGGGCCAGACCGUGCCUUAUUCCAACAUCCUCUGCAUUCAUUGGACACGUAACAUCAUCGGGCAUAAAUGCAACCCCUCCUGCGUUUAACAACUACAACAGUAACAGCAGUAGCACCAGCAUGAAUUCGUUUGUACACGUAACAUCAUCGGACAUAACUGCAACGUCUCCUGUGUUCAGUAACUACAGCAGCAGCAGCAGCGGCAGUCACAGCAUAAAUUCGUUCGUAAGCGCAACAUCAUCGAACAUCAAUGCAACGCCUCCUGCGUUUAAAAACAGCAGUAACAGUGGAAGUCACAGCAUGAAUUCGUUUGUCAGACGCGCAACAUCAUCCGACAUAACUGCAACUUGUCCUGUGCUCACCAACUACAACAGCCACAGCAUGAAUUCGUUUGUACACACCACAUCAUCGGACAUAACUGCAACGCCUCCUGCGGUCAGCAACCACAGCAGCAGCGACAGUCACAGCAUGAAUUCGUUUGUACACGCCACAUCAUCGGACAUAACUGCAAGGCCUCCUGUGUUCAACACCUGCAGCAACAGCAAUACUAACAGCAUGAAUUCUCUUGUAAGCAAUAGUGUAAGCACGUCACCGACAACUACCUAUUCGAGGGCAUACCCUUAUAUCGAAGAGCCCUCUCCAAUGAUUGUGGACAAAUUUUCCGGUUAUUAUAUUGUGAAUGGGCACACCAGCGGACAACUUCAACAAAAUAAACAACAAGGAUACAGGCCUAUUGUUCCCGCUCCCAACCAAUCAGUAAACGUCUGCUCUGAUGAGCCCGCGAGUGAUCCUUCACUUACUAGCAGUUGUAGUAGCAACAAUAUUCCCUUUCCCAUAAUAAUCGACAGUUUCUCCAUCAACGAAAAUUUUCGAGCCGCUGUUGAGCAUCGAAGCUUCAAGUAUAAGAUUUUAGAGUCACAAAGGCAAGCAAAUCCUGUUUCCAAUUUAAUGCCACAACAAACUUCACCACCACCGCCACAAGUCAACCGAGGUCAUUUCUCAUCACCCUACCUGAAUCAAACUGGUCAGUCUGGUUAUAUCGCUCUUGAUAACACUGUUCUCAUGAGAGCGUUUCCCCUCGAAAAAUUCUACUCGUUUUCUGCACCGGCCGAACAACUACCACAGCCUCCUUCCGUUCGACCUCUCACCCGCUGCUACAAGACGACGCGGACGAACUUCAGCCGCAUGAGCCUGGAACCUAUCUGCAGUGUGAUUCAUCCGAGGAUCGAUUUAACAUCUCAGAAAUCCGCUACUGAAGUUGCAAAUCAAAGGGCGUGGGUUUGGGGAAUUUGAUCGCUGUUUUAUGCUUUGAGAACGUAGUUUGUAAUCGACUUUAUGUGUUUUUUUUCGCUAAUGAACUAGAGAGAUUACAUUCGUUAAGGUUUGUUUCUUUGUUUGGUUUGCGUUUCGUUGCUAUGGCCAGAGUAAAGACUGUUCAGCUGGUCACUGAGCGGUUUGUGUUGAAAAGUUAACGUUGUUGAAUAAUAUGACAUUAUAUGCUGACGUGAUAAUAUUUGGUUAUUAAAUAAAGGGGAUAGAUUGUUAUCGACUAGCGUUUCCAUUUCUAUGAAGAAAGAACGGAAGGGAGAACAAAUAAUACUUUGUCUCUAAAGAAGUUCACUCUGAGUAUGUUCUGUGAUAAAUAUCGUCAAAGCAUUGAACGUCAAGACACUAAAAUCAUAUUUGCCACAUAACUUCUAUCAUCUAAAGUACUUAUGUGGUGUAUACAAGUCUUGCAAACUGAAUAAAACUAAUACCCCAUUCACACCAACUAAACUGGUUUAACUAAAUCAGCUUUAGGUUUUUUUCCAAGUUGUCGAUUACGUUUUGCAGUCAUUUUGAGAAGACAAAUUUUAAACCAUCUUGUUAUCAUAUUUUAGUCAAACACUGAGGUUUUUACGUGGUUAAGUUGUGGGGUGUGCAUGGUAUGAGCAACUAAUUUUUAGCCUUGUUCAGUUAAACCACUUUAAAAGAUGUUUAACAUGUUAGCCCUUUUUAGCUUUGGGAAAGGUUUAAGCCCAAAGGCCCUUGCUUAUUUCAAUCCCGUCUUACUUUAAAAACAGCAUUGAAGCUCGAGUCGUCAAACUUUGUGACUUUUCCUCAAAAAAAAAAACACAUCAGGGAGCAUUUUUGUGUUAAUUUGUUUUG